AAAAUAUUUUCACAAUAAUUUAAUCUUUAUGAAUGAAACAAUAGCCAAUUUUCUGUUCUUAUAUUCAGAAUAUAUUAAAAACUUUAAAACAAAUUGUUGCACCCUAUUUUCGUUAGAUAAAACAAAUACAAACGAAAGAAAAUCGAAAUGCUGGCUGUUUUAUUUAUAAAUCGUAUAACAGCUCGAAGACGAACAGCUAAAAUUGGAAUAAACUCUGUAAAACCAGAGAAGAAGGAUCCAGAGGUAUGCAGAACUUGUUUGAGCAUCGAAAAUUUGGUACCAAUUUUUGACAGCAUCGAACAUUCGGACAAAAAAUCUUCAGAUCUAAAAUUAGUUACCGGUUUAGAGAUUAAACCAAAUGAUGGUUUGUCACAAAAAAUAUGCAAUAAUUGUUUAAAAUCCAUGAAAGCUGCUCUACAGUUUAGAAAAACAAGUAGAAAAGCAGAAAAAGCACUACUCGGUAAUGCGACCAGUAUUAAAAAGAAAUACACCAAAAAGUCUCUAUUGGAUAUAAAAAGUAUACCACAGAUAGAAAAAGAGGAGAAUAUAGAUUAUAAUUAUGAAUAUUUGGACAAUGAUAUUCAAACAGAUGAUUAUUCUGAUACAGCAGAGUUUAAACCGCAAAUUGUUAUAAAAAGAGGGAGUUGUAAAGAGUCAAAAGGUAAAGGACUCACUUUAAUUCCAAAUGCCUCGUCAUAUAGAUGUAGUUUCUGCUCCAAGGAGUUCCGUAUGAAGGCCACAUAUAAAGCACAUCUCAGGUUUCAUACACAUUAUUGUGUUUGUGAGUCAUGCGGCAAACGAUGCAGGAAUCACAACCAGCUUCAGGAACAUAAGCGCGCACGACACGGCCUCGGUCGUAUACAUAAGUGUGCUUAUUGCGACUAUACAUCUGCUACUAAGGAGGCUCUCACUAUCCACGAGCGUCGUCAUACAGGUGAGAGACCGUACGUGUGCGACCACUGUGGCGCCACUUUCCACCGACGUUCUAACCUGGUCCAGCACAUCGCUAUACACUUGCCUGAGAAGAAUUUCCAGUGUGACAUGUGCCCAAAGCGCUUGAAGUCCCGCAAGUUCCUACAGAUACAUAAACACAAUGCGCAUACUGGCCGUCGCUAUGGUUACCUUUGCCCAGUCUGCGAGCAUCGCUUUGAAAAACCAAACAAAGUCCGUGCGCAUAUGCGUCGUGUGCACGGCCUGCCAGAUGACACGCAUAGUCCUAUUGUGAGGGUGCAAUUGUGAAGAUGCUGGACAGAAAUUCACAUUGAAAUUUUAACUAGUCUUCAAGAAUCCUCCGAUAAACAUGUUCGAAUAAUAGAAU